AUGUUUCAGAGCUUUGGGAGUCUGGGACAUGAGCGAGCUCAGACCCUGCCUUACACGGCGAAAGAGGUGUUCGUAACAGGCACAUUUGAUGAUUGGGGUAAGACGGUGAAACUGGACCGGGUGGGCAACAUCUUCUCUAAGAAAGUGGAUUUGCCUGAGGAGAAGGUGCAAUACAAGUUUGUUGUUGACGGAACUUGGACUACCGAUAAAAGUGCUCGUGAGGAGAACGACGGAAAGGACAACAUUAAUAACGUUCUGUUGCCCGAGGAAAUCAUCCCCCAUAACCAUACUUUCUCUACCGCUGCUAUGUCUGGCGUCACCCCUGAAUCUACUACCGCAGCUCUGGCUGCUAAUGUUGCUAAGGAGCCCAAUGGUAACCUCCCGGGCACCUUCCCCGAAACCCCGCUAGAGUCCGAGCAAAUUCUAUCCGUGAAUCCCAUUCCUGCCUCGACCGGCCCCGGCAAUCCUAUCAAGCUGAACCCUGGCGAGAAAGUUCCAGACCUGAGUUCUAUCCAUGGCAACACUGUGGAGUCGACCGUCAAGCUCGACAAGGAAUCUUAUGAGAAGAGCGAUAGUCUUCCCCUCGGCAGCACCAGUGCCUUGACCGAUACUGCAGACUCCAGUGCCUUUGUCCUGCCUCCCAUCUCUAGCAGCUCCCCUCUCAUCCCCGAAUCCAGCAUCCCCAUGGGUGGACCUGCUCAGCAAGCUGCUGCAGGUGAGCUGGAGUCUACCCUUAUCGGCGGACCUGCUCAGCAGGCUGCCACGGCUGACCCUGGAUACACCAUCCAGUCAGCAGCCCCGACCUCCACUACCGCCGCUUUGGCCGCCGAGGUUCCUCUUGAGAAGGAUAUCAAGGCCAAUGGCACUGUCCCUGCCACUGAGGUUCCAGAGGUUGUGAAGGAGUCACUGACCGAGGCUGGUCAGGCUCCCGAGGCCGCUGCGUACCAGGAGGCCGUGGACGACAAGAAUGCAAUGGAGAAGGAAAUCCAGGAGAAGGUGGAUCUGGUAGAGUCGGCCGGUGAGCCUGCACCCACUGUUACUGCGGCUACUACAGAUACUGCCCCAUCGGCUACCGCUACUACUGAGACUGCUCCCGCAGCCGCUACCACUGAGACUGAGACUGCCCCCUCAACUGCCGCUACGACUGAGACUGCUCCCGCAGCUGCUACCACUGAGACUGAGACUGAGACUGCCCCCUCAACUGCCGCUACUACUGAGACUGCUCCCGCAGAUGCUACUGCUGAGACUGAGACUGCCCUCUCAACUGCCGUUGCCGCUCCUUCUACUGGCAUUGAGUCGGAAGAUAUUUCCCCAAACGCGACCCCUCUUCCCCAAGGCGUUGCGGCUGCCUCUGCUUCCCCAUCAGAGCCCCAAGCCACUGAAUCGACUGGUCCCACAGUGACCAAUGGAGUAGAUUCGGUCCCAACUGCUGAAGUGUCCACUCCAGUCAAGCCUGCCGUAAACUUGAAGCCUCCUACCAAGGAGCAAAAGAAGAAGAACCGCCUGAGUGGCUUCUUUGAAAAGCUCAAGGAGAAGCUCAGGUAG